CCGAAGGCUUGGGGCGCAAAUGUAGCCCUCCUGGGCGAGGCAGGAGCCGCGUCCCCCUGCGCGAGAGCCUUCGCAAGUUUGGGCAGCGCCCGAGAAGGCGAGCAGCUGCACGCAUCCAUCCCGGACCUUCCCGCUUCUCCGGCGGCAGGAAGGAACCCUAGGAUGGACAAGUACAAAGCUCUAGAACAGCUGCUUACAGAACUUGAAGAUUUUCUGAAGAUACUGGACAAGGAAAACCUCAGCAGCUCUGCCAUAGUGAAAAAGAGCUUUCUUUCUGAUCUCCUUCGACUCUGCACAAAAUCAAGUGGUGGUGAUGAGGAAUACAUUUACAUGAACAAAGUCACCAUCAAUAAACAGUCUGAACCAGAGAAAGCAGAGAAAGUGCUGGGUCAGAGAGACUCCUUGAUCAAUGGAGAAGUGGAACAGCAUUUGUCUCCUCCUCUGAAGAGUUUGCCAGACCUCCCGCCACCCAAAAUAAUCCCAGAAACAAGGCAGCAUCCAGGCACCAAGCCUGACUCUCCAGAAGGGUACUAUGAAGAAGCAGAGCCCUGUGGCAUCGCUGUGAAUGAUGAUGGAGAAGUGGUCAGCAGCUCCUAUGAAUCCUACGACGAGGAAGAGAGCAGUAAGGGCAAGUCAGCCCCACACCAGUGGCCCUCCCCUGAAGCUUCCAUUGAACUCAUGAAAGAUGCCCGGAUCUGUGCUUUCCUAUGGCGGAAGAAAUGGCUGGGGCAGUGGGCCAAGCAGCUGUGUGUCAUUAAAGACAACAGGUUGUUGUGCUACAAGACAUCCAAGGACCACAACCCCCAGCUGGAUGUUAAUUUGUUGGGCUGCAGCGUCAUCCAUAAAGAAAAAAAUGUGAGGAAGCAGGAGCACAAACUGAAGAUCAUCCCAAUGAAUGCAGAUGUCAUUGUGUUAGGCUUGCAGAGCAAAGACCAAGCAGAGCAAUGGCUCAGGGUAAUCCAAGAGACAAGCGGUCUCUAUCCUGAUGGAUUGUGUGAAGGGAACCAGUAUAUUCCAGACUCCCAGCGGCUUAGUUAUCCCAAAGUGGAAUCAUCUGAGAGACAUUCAGCGACAUCAGAAAGUGGAGGCAGCACUGAGGGUCAUCCAGAAUUACAAGAAACUAAAGAUGUUAAGAAGAAAGGCACAUCUGGAUUGAAGCUGAGCAACUUGAUGAACCUUGGGAGAAAAAAAUCAGCCUCACUGGACAGUCCAGAAAGGUCUUUGGAUACUUGUACUUACUUGAAUGUACUUGUGAACAGUCAGUGGCGAUCUCGGUGGUGUCACAUUAAAGAUGGGCAGCUACAUUUCUACCAGGACAAGAACAGAAGCAAGUCUGCUCAACAGCCUCUGAACCUGACAGGCUGCGACAUUAUCCCAGAGCCAAGCCCGGACCAUCUCUACUCUUUCCGUAUCCUGCAUAAUGGGGAAGAACUGGCCAUGUUAGAGGCCAAGUCUUGUGAAGAAAUGGGCCACUGGCUAGGCCUCCUUUUAUCAGAAUCUGGCUCAAAAACAGAUCCUGAGGACCUUACCUAUGACUAUGUUGAUGCAGACAGGGUAUCCUGCAUUGUGAACGCUGCAAAGAAUUCAUUACUUUUAAUGCAGAGGAAGUACUCCGAGCCCAACACCUAUAUUGAUAACCUGCCAAAGGGAAAAGAGGAACAAGAAGAGCUCUAUGAUGAUGUAGAUGUUCCAGAGACCACAGAGGAGGAAAUACCCCCAAAUGAGAACAAAUGUGAAGGGGAGCAAGACAGAGUCUACUUAGACCUCACACCUGUUAAAUCUUUCCUUCAUUGUGCUGGCAAGAAGCAUGCUCAGAUGACCCCUUCAGCUUCCCCAUCUCUACAAAGAGCCUCCAUUAAGAACUCUACAGACUCUGCCAAAGACCCAUCCAUGAUGCCUAAAGAAGCAGAUCUGAGCAGAAGGUCAAUGGAAAUUCCAGACCAGAGACAUCAAGACAUAGAUGAGCUGUUGCCUCCACGGACAACCACAGUAAAAAUCCAAACACAACAGCAGCAAAUUGCUUUUCCUCAAAGUGGCCCUGAGAUCAAGGACACCACUGCAAUUGUGACUGUCCCCAAAGAGAAAAUGGACCGGCCCAAGAUCGUGAACACAGUGCCUGUAGAAACCAAGCUAGGCAAGAACAGGACAGAGGCCGAGGUGAAGCGGUACUCCGAAGAGAGAGAGCGCCUGGAGAAGGAGAAAGAAGACAUCCGCUCUCAGCUGGCCCAGCUUCGGAAAGAGAGAAGAGAACUGAAAGAGAUGCUGAUAAGCUGCACAGAUAAGAGCCUUUUGUCUUCAAAGGAACAAAAACUGAAGGAAAUAGAGGAGGAGUGCAAAAAGAAAGAAGAUCAGCGUGUAGACUUGGAGCUGAACCUGAUGGAAGUGAAGGAGAACCUCAGAAAAGCAGAAUCUGGUCCUGUUACACUCGGCACAGCUGUGGAUACUACACAUCUGGAAAACGCAAGCCCCAAAGUGAAAGUUGCCAACCCUGUGAAUGGCACUGAGAACUCACCAGUGAAUUCAGCAAUGGCAUUGAAAAACCGGCCUUUAUCUGUUAUGGUCACAGGGAAAGGAACAGUUCUACAGAAAGCAAAGGAAUGGGAAAAAAAAGGUGCUAGUUAAGAAACCACAGCAUCUAGGAUGGACUUAAGACUAGAACUGGCCCUACAUUGACCAAAGGACACUAUUGCCAGUACAUAAAAAUAUUCAGAUGAGAUAAAACAUGGCUGAUAACAUACCAUGUCAUCUGUCUAGAAAAAAGAAUGGACCUGGGACCUAUAUCAACAUGUUCUUCAAAAUAAGGAUUGUGCUCCUUUUAGCAGAGUUUCUUCAAAAUAAGGAUUGUGCUCCUUUUAGCAGAGUUGUGCUGUGUAGCUAAGAGAGUUAACACAACUGAAAAUAUUGCUUCUAACCUUAUUGAUGUCAUAAAAAUGUUGCUGUACAUAAGGAUGCUUUUGUGUAUUUCUGUGCUGGUGUUUUAUUAUUGUACAAUCCAAGAUUUGUCAUUAAUAACAGAACAUGAAGUUAUGACUUUAAAUAGGAUCUGUGUAAUCCUUUUUGUUUUGUUUUGUUUUUUGUUUUGUUUUGUUUUGUUGCCAGGGCCAUAGGAGAGGUAAGGAAGGUAAAUACAACUGAGAAGCUAGCUACCAUUUCAUCUGUCCAUGUUUUCCUUUGGGCAAGCUUUUCUAAGCAAUGAAGAAAUUUUUAGAGCAACUGCGGGGAAAAACAGUAGCACAGCUAAGAAUUAGGAGCUGUGUAGAAGAUUUCCCAUAAAGAAAUUCUGGAAAUCAAAGCAUGCAGCAAUUUAAGUUUCAAAGUGUAAUGUUGGUAGGCAGAAAACCUCUCUGCUGUGCCCUUGGAGUUUGCAGUGAUGCAUCCUGAUCCACAGACAACUCCCACAUGGCAGUGUCAGGAAUGGUGCUGCAAAAGCAUCCCACUGCACAAGUAACUUUCCUUGACACUAAAGUGUAGUAUAUGAAUGGGAGUUCAGCUGGAUGAUCAGGAAACAGAAGUCCAUUAAAGAUUAAAUUACAAAAAUUGACAAUGGAGGUGGGAUUUCAUUCCCAUCUUCCAAAACAUGUUUAAAGUACUGUUGGAUAAUUCUAAUGCUCUAGAAUGCUCCAAAUUAAUAUACAUGUAAUGGUAGAUUAUAAACUCAGUGGAACAGAUGCCCCAUCACUUCUGUAUUGUGUAGAUUCUUUAAUAGAGUGAUUAUGUAGUAUAAAUGGUAAGUGGAUGCAGAAGCAAUAAAAAACCACUACCAUAGAAUCUGGAACAUAAUCAUAUCCAAAUGAUUGUGAAGAAUGGAACUUUCAGUGUUCUUUUUCUUAAAAGGUAAAGAAGACACAUUGAUGUAGGUAGGGUUACCAAUCUCAGGGUGGAGCCUUGAGUUCUUCUGGAAUUACAACUGAUCUCCAGUCUACUGAGAUCAACUGCUCUGGAAGAAAUGGCCACUUUGGAGGGUGGACUACCUGGCAUCACAUCCUCUCUGGGCUCCCUCCCCAGGCACUGGCCCCAAAUCUCCAAGGAUUUCCCAUGCCAGUGUUGGCAAUCGUAAACACUGAGGUCCCUCCCAUGGAGGCAGAACUAAACUUUUGUACAGUUCUAAUCUAGUCCACCGGGGUGGGGGUGGGGGGGUGGCAUCAAACUAGAGAGAAAGUAUAGAACAAAGAGCCAGUCCCAUUUCUGAAACAACAGACUAAAAUAAGUCCACAAGCAAAAGACAAGAAAGAACAUGUACCACAGAUGUAAUGAGACUGCAAUGCAUACUUUGCUAAUCAACAAGCAGCCUCUUAAGUAAUGUGGCAAACAGAGAGGAGGAUGAAGAACUCCACUUCAUUUUGCCCCAGAACAACAAACCCAACCAAAGAUGUCUUCCUUUUCAUUAAUGAGAAAAAAACAUUCACAGUGGACCCAAUGUUCUGCUCCCUUUUGGAAGGGAAGACAUCCGGCAGAAGGAUGAAACAUAGGUGUCCCUCCCCCAUUCCUGGCAUGGUUUGGGCUCUAGGGCAAGAUGAAAAGACUGACUGGCAGCGCCUACAACGCUCCUCCCUUUGCUGAAGAAACUGAAAAGAAAGACUAGGCUGCCUUGUUGAUGCAAUGAGUAGGGCCCAACAUACCCCAAUGACUAAUUCUGAACUAUUAUGGGUUUUCAUAAAAGAAAAGAAGAAGGAAACAAAUAGAUUUUUCUCCAUUAAUAGGCUCCACAAUUGCAUAGCCUCAGAAAAACAGAAUCACAGAGUUGGAAGGGGCCACACAGACCUUCUAGUCCAACCACCUGCCCAAUGCAGGAUGAGCCUAAAGCAUCCCUGACAAAUAUUCAUCCAGCCUGUUCUUGAAAACUGCCAGUGAAGGGGAGCUCACCGCCUCCCUAGGCAUCUGAUUCCACCUUUGAACUACUCUGACCGUGAAAAAGGUUUUCCUAAUAUCCAGCCGGUUCAUUUCUGCAUAUAAUUCAAGCCCAUUGCUUUGAGUUCUAUCCUCUGCUGCCAACUGGAACAGCUCCUUGUCCUCCAAAUGACAGCCUUUCAAAUAUUUAAAGAGAGCAAUCAUGUCUCCCCCUCAAUCUCCUCCAAACUAAACAUUCCCAAGGCCCUCAGCCUUUCUCCGUAGGGCUCAGUCUCCAGACCUCUGAUCAUUCUCAUCACUCCUGCACUCUCUCAAUUUUGUCCACAUCCUUUUUGUAGUGAGGCCUCCAGAACGGCACACAGUACUCCAGGUGUAACCUGACCAAGGCAGCAUAGAGAGGGAAUAUGACCUGCGAUUUCGAUGCAAUGGCCCUUUUGAUACAACCCAAGACUGAGUUUGCCUUUUUUGCCACCGCAUCACACUGACUGCUCAUAUUUAGUUUACAGUCCACUCUUAUUCCAAGAUCUCUUUCGCAUACACUACUACCCAGAAGUGUAUCCCCCAUCCUGUAUUUAUGCUUCACAUUUUUGUGGCCCAGAUGUAAUACUGUGCACUUACCUAUGUUGAAUUACAUCCUGUUCACAACCGCCCACUUCUCCAGAGUAUUCAGGUCUUGUUGAAUUUUAACUCUAUCUUCUUGGGUGUUUGCCACUCCUCCCAAUUUGGUAUCAUCAGCAAAUUUAAUGAGUAGCCUGUUUACCCCUUCAUCCACAUCAUUGAUAAAAAUAUUGAAAAGUACCGGCCCCAAAACCAAGCCCCGUGGCACCCCACUGGACACCUCCUUCCAAUCUGAUGAAAUGCCAUUGACCACUACUCUUUGAGUGCAGUCUUCUAACCAGUUCCCUAUCCACUGAACUGUCCUAUAGUCCAGUCCGCAGUUUUCCAGUUUACCCAUUAGAAUGUCAUGGGGAACCUUAUCAAAAGCUUUACUGAAAUCCAGGUAAAUCACAUCGACAGAGUUCCCAUGAUCCAGUAAGCUCAUCACUCGAUCAAAGAAGGAAACCAGGUUGGUCUGACAAGAUCUCUUGGGGACAAAACCCAGCACUAUUCCCAAAUAGGAUGAAAGCCCGAGAGCAGGCAGAACCGCAAGAAGUUUAAAACUGCCUCUAUAGUCUGAUGGGCAACCCCCCCCCACACACACGCGCACCAGGAUGUCCUCCUCCUCCUCCUCUGAAGAACUAGAAAUUCCCUCCUUUGAAUGUAGCUUUAUGCAUCCGAGUUCCUAUAAAUAGAAGUAAUAUUAGACCAAGGUAGGACUAAACCGAUCUUUCUUCCAAAGACAGUAACAUCAGCAUAUGGGUUAGAGUUAGGUAUAGGCUCUACACCAAAAAUUGCAGGCUUUAAAUGUUUGCGUAGUACUAACCAAAAUGUUCACUGCUUUAAAGACUGCAGCUGAGAGUUUAUCAAGUUUUGCCACCCAAGGGCUUUCCCAGACAAUCAUGCUUCUGAGCAAUAAGUAUACAUUUGCGUUCAUUAGUCGUUCCAGAAAAUUCAAACCUCUCAAGAGUAGCAUUUUAGUUGUGGGGAAAUUGAAUUUUCUUACUGUUUUGUCAUGGGGGAGGAUGAAGUUUCACCAGGUAAUGCUUAUUUUGUAGUUUAUAGUGAUUUUUAUACUGUAAUUACACGAGUAACACAAAUGCCUGUUGACUAGUACCCAUGACAUUACUAGUUAUCAUUGCUCAUAGCUUCCUUCAUAUCGUGCCAUUUUAGAAUAUUUUAAAAUAAAUGAGCCAUUCCUCUGCUGUAUCCUAACCAACCCAGCACAUUAGAGUCUGCAUCUCCUAAAUGUUUUUGAACUGUUUAAGACAAUGAAUGCCUCUGCUUUGCUUAUAUUCCCUUGUAGCCUCUAAAUUUAAAGGGGGGAAAUCCUGACCAACUUGCAAAGCUAUUGAGUUGGAAACAGCAUAAAAUUUAACUUGUGAAGAAAUGCAAGGAAAAGACCAUGGUAGCUGCUUGCACUAAGUAAAAUUUACUGUAUCCCCAUUUGUAUUGCCUCUUGCAAAAGAUGUUGUGCAACCAAUUUCUGACCAUUAUAGUAUACAGGGAUGAGGUGUUUGAUGUUGCACAAGACUAUUUUUGUUUCUGUUUGUGCAUCAAUGGAUCCACGUAAUUGUAUCCCGCAACCAUGUAGUAUUUUCUAAACCCAUUUUUUCUUUUUGAAGUUAAAAAGUUCUUUUAUAAGUUGUUAAGUUUUUUCUUUUAGUAACUUUUAAGUACUAUUGAUUUCAAGUGAGAAUAAAGAAUAUGCUUAAAAGUUUCCCCUGAAAAUCAGAUUGGAAACCUGACCUGAAGCUUGUUCAUUCUCUUGAUGCUCAAAAGUGCUUAACUUUGGCUGGAUCAUGCCCCCAAAAGGCAGAGCCUGAGAAUUCCAGAAGGACCAUACUUAGGAACAGGACACAAACUCAAGUUCAGAGCAUUCCUUGAUAUUUUUAAGUGGCAACAUCAUUAAGCUAAUUGCCAAUCAGCCCUGAUGUACAGAUACAUACAUCUGCAGAUCAGGACCACUUGGCUACAAACCAGAUGGAUUUGCACACUUUGGGGGACAACUCAGGUUUGCAGAAUAUAUUGGGGACGGUUUAAGUCCCCCUCAAACAAAAGUUUUUCUGUGCAUGUGCAGAAAACGCACUUACCUCUUCUUCUGUCACAGGCAGCAGGGAGGUCAGGUGGAUCUGCAAGAGGCAGUGACAGUGUUGGGGAGGAGAGGCCCUACCCCCACCCUGCCUAGGAAGUACGGAGUCAGGGGGAGCCACUACAAACAUUUUUGUCCUUGGCCCAGGAGAGUGCUGCCACUGUGGCGAGGCUGGGGAGUAGGCUGGGAGAAAUUCACUGCUGAGAAGCUGGGGGGUGCUUCUCCACUCCCCAGCUGACAGGGGAAUCGCUGCCGUGAAGAAGCUAGGUGGUGGGCUGAGGGGGUAGGAAAAAGUGGGGCAGGGCAGGUGAGCUAGUGGUGAUGGAGGGCAGGUAGUUUGGUGCUGCUUCCUGCAAUCUCCCCCCUGCAAUUCUAGUAGACCCCAUCUCUUGUCACCUCUAAAGGUUUUCUCAUAUGAUGCUAACAGUCUCUACAUUUCAGAGCAGGAGUUUCUUUAAACAAAACACAACCAUGUUAAGUAUUAGCGUAUUAUACAGGCUUUUGUAGACUAAACACCUGUAAAACACACACACACAAAAGUCCACAGGUUCUAGGAUGUGAAAAAGGUACGUUGUACUACUGUCGGACAAUGGCUUGUAGUUUGCCAUCUCUGUUUAAAAGUUUGAAAAUGUAGCAUGUCUGCAGUUGUGUUUGAAGUAUGAGUCUAACAGGCCAGCCUUCAGAUCCUAUACAUUUUGUGCCAGUGUUUAUGUCUUCAGUGCCAUUGUAAGAUUUUUGUGAUGCCUGUAUUGCAUUAUCAUUAUUUGCUAUAAAUUGCUAGCAGUGCAAGUUUUAAGCUGGGGCAUCAUGGCAGAAAAGAGGUAGAGGAGUACAAGUUUUGGGACUCGGAUGUCUGUCAACUGGAAGCAUGCGGGGGGGGGGGGUACCAUUGGUGCAUCAAUCAACUCUUUUACAUCAUGGUCUCUGCUAAAGGUAUUUUCCUGCCAUACAAUUCUGUGUCUCUGCCUACCAAAAAUAACCAACAGUGGUAUCAAUGAACCCAGAUAUUCAAUACAUGAGCAGAUAAUGUCAAAUCUAAAAUUUUCAAUUAAAAAAAAAAAGUAUGCUUCUACAAUCGCUGUGUUCCCAGCUUAAAAUUAUUUUCUUUUGUAGAAGUGUCUUCAAUCAAUUGUUAUUUUAGGAAGUUUUUUAAAAUAAAAAUUGAAAUGUUGGCUAUAUUUUAAAUGCUUUAUACAAAAUCAUUUCCAUUGUCAAAAACGAAAGUGUUGCUAUUGUUUUAAAUUCUUUGUACAUUCCUACUGCUUCUUUUCUGUUCAC